AUGUUCCAGAUGGUUAUAGCAACCCACUUCUGGACCAGUCCUCAUGAUGAUGUGAUCCCACCAGUCUGCACUUGUGGCCCCUCUCCAGAAAGGCCGAUCUACUUAGAAGGCAUCAGUGGUUAUCCCGAGAAUUACGUUGAGCUGAUGAACGGUUCAGUGGUCUCACAGUUCACCCUCCUGGGCCUGUCCCACUCCCACCCUCUCCAGCUUCUCCUCUUUGGCCUGGUCUCAGCCUGCUACACCGCCAGCCUGCUGGGCAACCUCCUCAUUGUGGUGACCGUGCGGGUGGACCCCGACCUCCUCCAGUCCCCCAUGUACUUCUUCCUGGCCAACCUCUCACUCAUCGACAUGGCCCUCGGCUCAGUGGCUGCUCCCAAGAUGCUCAGCGACUUGCUGAGCCAGGGCAGCACCAUCUCCUAUGGGGGCUGCAUGGCCCAGCUUUUCUUCCUUCAUUUCCUUGGCGGCUCUGAGAUGUUCCUCCUCACACUCAUGGCCUACGACCGCUACGUGGCCAUCUGCCACCCACUGAGCUACGCUGAGACCAUGCACCGCCACCGCUGCCUGGGCCUCUUGGCAACCUGCUGGGCUGGAGGCUUGCUCCACUCUUCCACCCAGCUGGUGUUGGUGGCAUGGCUGCCAUUUUGUGGGCCCAGCAAGCUGGACAAUUUCUACUGCGAUGUACCCCAGGUGGUCAAGCUAGCCUGCAGUGACACCUACGUGAUGGAGAUACUCAUGGUGUCCAACAGUGGUCUGAUCUCGCUGGUCUGCUUCCUGGUCUUGCUGGGUUCAUACGGUGUCAUCUUAGUGACCCUCAGAGGACGCUUUGGUGAUGGAGGUGGCAGGAAGGCUUUGUCCACCUGUAGUGCCCACCUGAUGGUGGUGAGCCUCAUCUUUGUGCCCUGCAUUUUCGUCUACCUCCGGCCUUUCUCCAGCUCGCAGAUGGACAAGAUGGCCUCCAUCUUCUACACCAUCAUCACGCCAGUGCUGAACCCCAUUAUCUACACCCUGAGGAACCGGGAGAUCAAGGAAGCCAUGAAGCGACUGAGGACUAGGCUUUGGUUCCCUUGUUGGACAUAG